AUGAAAUAUGUGUUGGUCAGUGGUGGUGUCAUAUCAGGCAUCGGGAAGGGCGUCAUCGCCUCUUCGACCGGCCUGCUACUCAAAACGAUUGGCAUGAAGGUGACUUCGAUCAAGAUCGACCCGUACAUGAAUGUCGAUGCCGGGACUAUGGCGCCCACUGAGCAUGGAGAGUGCUUCGUGCUGGACGACGGCGGCGAAGUCGACCUCGAUCUCGGCAACUACGAGCGCUAUCUCAACAUCACGUUGAGGCGCGACAACAGCAUAACGACGGGCAGAAUGUACCAGCACGUCAUCGACCGGGAGCGCAGGGGCGACUACCUAGGCAAGACAGUGCAGAUCGUGCCGCAUCUCACAAAUGCAAUUCAAGACUGGAUCGAUAGGGUUGCCAGGACAUGCGUCGACGACACAAACGAAGAGCCGGAUGUCUGCAUAAUCGAGCUUGGAGGCACAGUCGGUGACAUCGAGAGCGCGCCCUUCAUUGAAGCAAUGCGGCAACUGCGAAGAAGAGCUGGAAAGAACAAUUUCUGUCAGAUUCACGUCUCGUUGAUACCCGUCGUCAGCGGCGAGCAGAAGACAAAGCCGACCCAAGCGGCCAUCAGAGACGCCCGAUCAGCAGGUCUACAGCCAGACCUCAUCGCUUGCCGAUGCAUACAACCCCUAGAAGACUCCACCAAGAACAAAGUGGCCAUGUUCUGCGAGGUCGACCCCCAACAGGUCAUCGCCGUCCACGACGUCAACUCGACCUACCACGUUCCCCUCCUCCUCGAAAAGCAAGGCUUCGUCAACGAGCUCAAAUCCCGCCUCAACAUCGACCAAUCCACCAUCUCCCCCUCUCUCGUCACGAAAGGCCAGUCAAUCUGGCACGAAUGGAAAACCCUCACCACAUCCCAAGACCGCUUCCUCGAGGACGAAAAAGUCACCAUCGCCCUCGUCGGCAAAUACACCAACCUACACGACUCCUACCUCUCUGUGAUCAAAUCCCUUGAACACAGCGCCAUGGCUGUUGGCCGCAAACUCAACCUCAUCUGGGUCGACGCAUCCGAACUCGAGCAGCAGAACACCGACGCAUACUACAAAUCCUGGCAUCAGGUUCGCACUGCGGACGGCGUCCUCGUCCCGGGUGGGUUUGGGCAACGAGGCACAGAGGGCAUGAUCGCGGCUGCCACCUACGCACGCACAGCCAAGAAACCCUACUUGGGAAUUUGCCUGGGCAUGCAGCUCGCCGUCAUCGAGUACGCCCGCAAUGUCUGCGGCAUGGCCGGUGCGAACAGCGUCGAGCUAGAAGCCGAAACCCCACAUCCCAUGAUCAUCUACAUGCCCGAAAUCGACAAGAACACAAUGGGCGGCAACAUGCGUCUCGGCAUCCGACCCACCCUCUUCCAACAGGGCUCCGAAUGGUCGAAACUCCGCAAACUCUACAACAACGCGCCCGAGGUUCUGGAGCGCCACAGGCAUCGCUACGAGGUCAACCCAGCGUACAUCGAGCAACUGAGCGCCGCGGGGCUGAAUUUCAUAGGCAAGGACGACAAAGGCGAGCGGAUGGAGAUAGUAGAAUUGCAGGACCAUCCGUGGUAUGUGGGUGUGCAGUUCCAUCCGGAAUUUUUGAGUCGGGUGUUGAAGCCGAGUGUGCCGUAUCUGGGGUUUGUGGCCGCUUGUGCUGGAUUGCUCGAUGAAGUGACUGCUAGUAUGCAAGGUGGCGGUGGUGCCAGCCUGGUGAAUGGCAGUGAGAACGGGAGAGCGAGUCCGUUGCAGAAUGGUGGGGUGUUGCUCAAUGGGAUGCGGUCGGGCUCGAACGGAAGCUUCUGA